AACUGUCAUGGCAGCCUUCAUUCAGGCGCAUAUGUAAACCGAGGGCUCUGACUGUCCGCUGAAAUAUUUCUUAGGUUUGUGCCCUGGUUCUCCAAGUAUGAGGUAUUUUCUCCGUGUGGGUAGCUCGUUUGCCCGCCUUCAUGUCCGUUUAUGUUCCCGGAGCGUCUUUAGCAGCCACACAAACCCCCGCAGAGUGGGAGUGGACCUUGGAGAGAAGAAACUUGAAAUCUCCUCAGGGAGGUUCGCCAGAUUUGCUGAUGGAUCUGCUGUUGUACAGCUGGGAGAGACUUCAGUGAUGGUGACUGCUGUCAGCAAAACGAAACCUUCUCCAUCUCAAUUCAUGCCGCUCGUGGUGGACUACAGACAGAAAGCCGCUGCUGCAGGUCGAAUCCCCACCAACUAUCUGAGGCGAGAGCUUGGCACUACCGAUAAUGAGAUCCUCACCAGCAGACUCAUCGAUCGGUCAAUUAGACCACUUUUCCCGGCUGGUUAUUUUUAUGACACUCAGAUCCUUUGUAACUUGCUUGCAGUUGAUGGUGUAAAUGAUCCAGAUGUGCUGGCUAUUAAUGCAGCUUCUGCUGCUCUGGCCCUGUCAGACAUCCCGUGGGAAGGACCUGUAGGUGCUGUGCGAGUAGGACUGGUUAAUGGAGAGUUAUUAGUCAACCCCACAAGAAAAGAGAUGGCCUCCAGCACUUUAAACCUAAUUGUGGCAGGAGCACCCAGCAGUCAAGUGGUGAUGAUUGAGGCCUCAGCUGAGAACGUGCUGCAACAGGACUUCUGCCAUGCAGUGAAGAUUGGAGUCAAACACAGCCAGCAGAUUAUCCACGCCAUCCAGCAGCUGGCACGAGAGCAGAAGGUCACCAAGCGUACGCCCGUCAAAAUGUUCUCAGCUCCAACAGAAAUCGUGGAUCAUGUUCGGAGAUUAUCUUCUGAUAGGAUCUAUGCUGUUUUUACAGAUUUCAAUCAUGAUAAGAUUUCAAGAGAUGAAGCAAUCAACAAAAUACGACUAGAAACCGAGGAAGACAUAAAAGAGAAAUUCCCUCAGGCGGAGCCUUUUGAAGUCAUUGAGUCUUUCAACACUGUGAGCAAAGAAAUCUUUCGUAAUUUAGUGCUUAAUGAGUACAGGAGGUGUGAUGGAAGGGAAUUGACUGGUUUAAGAAACAUUUCCUGCGACGUUGACCUCUUUAAGCCGCUUCAUGGCUCUGCUCUGUUUCAGAGAGGACAGACGCAGGUGCUGUGCAGCGUCACAUUUGACUCCCUGGAAUCCAGCGUCAAAACUGAUAUUAUUACCACAGCUUUGAGUGGAAUCAAAGACAAAAACUUCAUGCUUCAUUAUGAGUUCCCUCCAUAUGCAACCAAUGAGGUUGGAAAGAUGGGAGGCAUGAACAGGAGAGAGCUUGGACACGGGGCUCUAGCUGAGAAAAGUCUGAGGCCAAUCGUUCCUAAAGAUUUCCCUUUUACGAUCAGAGUCACAGCUGAGGUGCUGGAGUCUAACGGAUCCUCCUCGAUGGCUUCAGCAUGUGCAGGCAGCCUUGCUCUUAUGGAUGCAGGUGUUCCCAUAUCUUCUGCUGUGGCAGGUGUUGCCAUCGGCCUCAUCUCCAAGGCUAACCCUGAGAAGCCUGCUGAGAUAGAAGACUACAGAUUAUUAACAGAUAUUCUAGGAAUAGAAGAUUAUCUUGGAGACAUGGACUUCAAAUUAUCAGGGACAAACAAGGGUAUCACUGCUUUACAGGCUGAUGUGAAGAUUCCAGGUUUACCUCUGAAGGUGGUCAUGGAGGCGAUCCAACAGGCCACAGUGGCAAAGAGGGAAAUAUUGGGGAUCAUGAACAAAUGUAUAGCAAGACCAAGAGAAGGCAGGAAAGAGAACGGACCUGUUGUUGAAAAUGUCAGGGUUCCUGUUUCUAGAAGAGCUCGUUUCGUUGGUCCAGGAGGUUAUAACCUUCGCAGGCUUCAAGCUCAGACAGGUGUUACGAUAAGUCAGGUGGACGAGGAGACAUUUUCUGUGUUCGCUCCAACGCCAGGAGCCAUGAACGAAGCUCAAGACUUCAUCAGCGAGAUCUGCAAAGAUGACCAAGAACAGCAGCUGGAGUUUGGCGCCAUAUACACAGCCACCAUCACAGAAAUAAGGGAUAUUGGUGUGAUGGUGAAACUGUACCCCAACAUGAGUGCUGUCCUGCUGCACAACAGCCAACUGGAUCACAAACGGAUCAAGCAUCCAAGUGCUUUGGGUUUAGAAGUGGGACAGGAGAUACAGGUCAAGUACUUUGGACGGGACCCGACAGACGGCAGGAUGAGGCUUUCGCGGAAGGUGCUGCAGUCUCCAGCUGCGACUGUCAUCAAGACACUUAGUGAGAAACAGAGCAUCUCCAUGGGAUCGAACACCCGCCAGGAGAGCGGCACAGACUCGUGACAUACCAUCACAACAGGAUAACUUAUCACUGUUCUUACGAAGGGGAUUGAAACGGAGCAGUCCUUUCUAAAAGGUCCAGAGCGUCAAAUGUUGUUGUGAACUGAAAACAUACUGAGGAUUAAAGAGGCUCCCCUGCCUGUUCAGGACAUGACUGAGGCGCUGACAUUGUGCUGCAGGGACUGUCUACAAACUGAGAGACAAAUAAUACUGACUAUAAGUGUGAUACCUUUUCAAGCAUGUCUUUUUUAUGUUCUUAAUGUUUUUGGACUUUGUAAAACACUUCAGAGUUAGAAUAUUUGUUAGUUUCCCAGAUCACGCCACAAAAAUGCUUCUUUUGUGGUUUGGGAAUUUAUGGUUUGAUAUUGGCUUUAAAGUGUGUUCUUUAAGCUGCCAGUAUCAAAAUAUGAAAAAAGCAAAGUCUGAGAAGUGAAUAAGAAUGUUAUGUUCUUAAUGUUGGCUUUGUGUUGCCUUGUAUUCAUGUAAGUAAUAGAACAAUUAUGCAAUAUUUUACAGUGUAAAUUUCACAGCUUUUUCUAUAAAUAAACCAUGGAAAUGCAAAUCUUUGCUCAAAUGUUAUAUUUGAAUUCGAUAUCUUACAAGAAUAAAGCCAUCAACCUUUUUAAAAUCUGUAUCCAAAGUUAUAAACCACUCUAAGGAAGAUACAAAUCGGGUUUAUUUAAAUACAGGUGGAAAAAGGAAAACUUUUUUUUAAUUAAAAAAAAAGGCUAAUUUAGUGAACAAUUCAAGGUAUUUAUAAAAUGUGUUUUCUUGGAUGCUGGAUGUUUUAACACCUUUGAACAAACUACUUUGAAAAAACUCUUAUUUGAUUCUGCCUAUCUCGGUGGCUCAAAUAGAUGCACUAAAGGUCCCUUUGCCAGACAUGUUCCAAAAAGAACAACUUUUCAGAAAUAGAGAUCUGCUUGUAGGCUCCCAAAUAAUAUGAUAAUGAAAG